CCGAGUGCCAAAUUUUAACUAUGGAACUAUGCAACCUUGGGCCAGGUGCUCCCUCAGCACUUGAGCUACCUCACCGGGUUGCUGUGAGGCUCGAUGUGGGGAGAAAGAUAAUCUUGAGCUUGUUAAAAGAGUAAGAUAGGUGGGUAUAAUCAACAAGACAAAAUAAAUGUAUUUAUCCUCUACUCCUAGUGCCCAUGCGCUGCAGCAGCUGCACAUUUAUUCUCCUGUUUUAAUAAAAAUGCUCAUAGCACUCGUUGCCGUUCGGAAGCAGGCUGGCAAACCAACAUCCUUCUCCCACACACAACCCUCUCCCAGGGUUGACGAGCCACCGACGACUUCCCGUCGCUAGACAACAGAGGCCCGCCGCUUCCAUAGAGAUCAUUAUAUAACCCACGGCUGCGGCCCUGCGACUCCCGAGGCUCCCGCUCAGUCUCGCGAGAACCAGCCCUCCUCCUCCUCCUCCUCUGAGCCGCCGCCGCCGCCGCCACCGCUGCCGGCAUGGCUCUCCUUCUCCCUACUUAGGCACCGGGCAUGGAGGGAAGCGACGGCUGCGAGGAGAGCCUUUUCUCCCUAGAGCUGUUGGUGGAGUCGGCGCGGGUGGAGCCGCGGCUGCUCCCGAUGCCUCUGCCCGCCUGCGGCCCUUUUCGUCCCGCGGUGGCUCUGCGCCUCUUGGACUUCCCGACCCUGCUGGUGCGCGCCCCGCACGCCGCGCCGGGGCCUGUGGUGCCCUUCGGCCGGGGCAAGUCGUGCCUCUUCAGGCUACGGCCGGCCGCCUUGAAGGACCUCCUGAGGCGCUCUCCGCUCUCGGCGUUGCUGCUGGCGCUCCGCCCACGCCAGGCCCUGCCCGCCUCCUGGGCUCCUGCAGUGUCUCCUUGGCCUCCGCCGCCGAAGUUGCUGCUGGGGACGGGUCCUGGGGGGCGAAGGGGCCAGUUCCCGCUACAAGACCUGAUGGGGGAGCAAGUAGGGGAGCUGGGACUGAGCUACCGGCUGACCAACCUGGGCAUCUCCCUCCUGGGGCACUUAGGGGAAGGAGCGGCCCCAGAGCAGCCCCACCCCAAGCAGGAGCGACACCAGGAAUUCUCCCGCACACUGGGCAACCAAAGCAAUGUACGAGCCAGCCUGGAGCUCAUCCCAGAGGGGGAUGAAGAUCAGGAGCCUGCCUUGGAAGGUGGCAGCCAAGCGUCCUUAAGCAGCCCUCAGAUAGAGCGACGCUCCAACAUGUCUGGCCUUGGGGAGGGAGUUCGAGAGCUAGAGAUUGAGGCCAAUGUCUUUUGCCCUCCACCAAUGUUCUACACCUGUUCAAGUGAAAAUCCCCAUCCCAGGUCUAGGUCGCCAGCACCUGCAGUAGUGACAGUGGCACCAGCGCAAAACACUUUUCCAGGAGAAGAAAUCAAAGUUCCCUCCCCUGUGCCUCUUACUAAGGAAAAACCUUCAAGUAUUAUCCAGGAGGUAACCCCAUCACCCCAGAUACUUGGCAGCCCUGAGCAGCUCAGACAAACUUUGAACCAGCUGCCUCUUUUGAAUGCUUUAUUGGUAGAGCUCUCCUUGCUGAACAAGCAGCCUCCACAAGCACAACCAUUUUCUGUGCACCCUCAGUUAGCAUGGCUGUAUAAAAAUGCAGAAGAAGGCACAAAAUCACCACCUCCCAUUGCCAAGAGCACAUGUCCUUACCAUGAAGAGAAAAAAACUACUCAUCGCAAAGAGAGGGGAAGGUCAGCUAGCCCCAAGUUAAAAAGAAAUCGCCCAGAUCAUUUAAAGUGCAUCUCUCCCUCCUUCCAAGUCAACUGCCCUAGUAAAGGAUUCACAAAACUGACAUACUCUGAAAGGCUUGGUGGCCCUGAGAAAAACAAUACUAAGGAAAACUCUCCCCCUAGAAGAAAGCUUACUUAUGGUCUUACAAAUACUUUAAAACUUCGCUUGCUGCGGUCCAAUCCAGGUAUGUUAAAAGUUCAUGAAAAAAGAGAACUUCGAAGAAAAAAACAAGGAGACGUAGUUGAAAAGAAAGGUAAAAGCUCUUCAGCCAAAGGCAAACUACUCCAUGGUUCUCCUGAGCGCCAUGCAAAGUCUUCUGAGCACUUGGAUGAAAAAAGCAUCCCAGAGGAAAAAGCUCAAAUUAAUGAAAAUGUGGAGACUUUAAUACAAAACAGUGUUUGCCAUGAUUGCCCUACAAGCAAGAAAGUUGCAGCUAAAGCUGUGAAAAACAGUGAAAAUGGGAAACAAAAUACAUCAAUUGAAGUGGUUGGCUCUGCUUAUGAAGAAAAGCAUUUCAAAGUCCAUCUGCCAAGAGUCUUUUUGCAGGAUGCUGAAACUCAUGAGAAUAAAAUAGACACAGAAGUAGUAAAAUAUGUACAGCAUAGUGAUUCUGAUGUUUCAGUCAUACAUAUCGAUACCCAGAGCAACAACUGUGAAAGUAGCCGUGAAGUUAAGAAUUUGGAGGAAGUCCAUGCUAAUUCUGAGAGUGCUGCCUAUUCAGAAGAUUUCACCGGUGAUGACAGUUCGGGCACAAACUUGGAAGCGCAAGAGAGUAGCCAUGAGCCUUUGUUGGUAAACCUAGAUCAAAGCCAGUCCAUCAUGGAUUCAGAUUCUAAAAUAUCUGAAAGAAGUUUGGCUGAUGAAAGCAUUUCAUCUCUUCUUCCAAUACCUUCAGCUAUGUCACCUGUCCAUUAUCUUAAAAAGACCUGUGAUUUAAAAUUGAAUGGGAAAAAACCUACUGUUUCUUUUGACAAAUCUAUUGAUGAUUCCCCUCCUGCAAGGAUGUUAAAGGAGGGACUAGGCAUUGAACAGAUCAGGAAGGAAAGGAGCAAAGAUGAGCAGACCUUGGAGACUAAAGAAGUGUACUCUGAUAUGAGAUGUAGCAUAGCAAAAGACCAGUCAUCUGCAGAAAAGAGCAAUUCACUAAGGACAUCUCAGGUUAGCUCUUAUUUACCGUCCAAUGUAUCUGACCUUGAUCUUAGUGGCUUAGAAGAAAGCAAUGCAUCUGAAAAAGAAAAAGAGGAUGACUUUGAGAUGGUGGAUAUUGCUAAUCAGUGUAAACAUAUCAGUGAAUUGGUAGUAAAUAAACUUCCUGGGUAUACAAUGUAGUUAUCAAUAACAAUGACUGGAUCAAAGUGAAAAUGUCUUUAUUCUAUAAGCAAGCAUUUUACAACAAUCUUAGUGUUUCACAAAUGCAAAUUUUGUUGUAUAAGUAAUGCAUUUAGAAAUGUUCGAUUGGUAUCUUUAGAUUAAUGAACAAUCUAGAGACUGUAUGAUAUGUGUUAAUCUGCACAAUUAAAAUACAUAUUUUGGAGUUUCACUCACAUAUAUAAGCUUGUAUACCUGCAGAUGUUUUGUUCCCAAGCCAUAUCCUAGUAAGUUUUGAAACUUCAGAGACUUGAAAGGUACUUUCCAGUUUAACACCUAGAAGCAGCUAGAGUUUAUGCAAGAAGAAAAGUCUGUUUCCAUGUCUGGUAUUUGCAUGGCAAAUUUAAUUUGAGAGAGUGAAAAUAACAUAGAAUAUUAUCUAACAAAAUCUCACUUCAUAUGCGAAUGAAUGCCUAAUUCAUUUAUAUGGCUGAUUUAUCUGUUACUCUCAGUGAUGGGACAGUGUGAGUUCAGGUCUUGAACAUAAAAUAAGCUUCCAGAGGAAAAAAAGCAGGAGGUUGUUUUCUUUGGUAGACAGCAAAGAGUGGCAGAAGAAUACUUGCAAAAGUCACCUGAUCCCUUGCCAAGAUGAGUGCACUUUAGCCAUGACUACCAGUGUUGAUGAGAGGCACAUGCAUUUUUUCACAGAGAUAAUGUAUGACUCAUUCCUUAUGUAUGCGUGUCUGUUCAGGUAUUUUUAAAAGGUUCUGUGCAAAUACACUUGUGCUUUUGGUGCAAAAAUGCAAGCAAAGCCAUUAGAUAAUACUUCAAAGAGAAUAUCUCUGCACUAAAACUAAAAGGGUUGGGUGAAUGAUUUGAAGAAAAUUAGACACUGGGAGGAAGAUUUAUUUAUGCACAUGCAAGAGUCCCACUUAGAGCCUUACUUGAAAGGGAAAAGAGUUUUAGCUGCAUGCUACCUAUUUAGCAUAUUGCAUAUUUAGUCCUAAAUUCAGUGUGUAAAGCUUUCAGUGUGUGGCUUUCAGUGACUUGUUGCCAGGUGUGGGUUUUGCCAUGCUGUUGCAAAUGGUUUUAUGUACUUGAGCUGGUAAGUAAAAAGUCAAAUCUU